AUGAACUACCUGCGCACCGUGGUAUCCGAUGUGAAGCUGAAGUACAGGGCCAGCCGCGUUGUGGCCGAGUGCGUGCUCAGGAGAGAGCAGCCGGAGUUUUCGCAGUUUCUGACCGAGUGCGUGACUAUCGCGGACGGGCACCCAGAACUGAUCCUGUCAACCAUUCGACUCUAUCUCGAAUAUAAUCAGCCAGGGAGGGCCUACGGAGGCCUGCUGCUGCUGGAGCAGCUGGUGUCGCUGUGCAACUACGCCUUCCACUUAGCCCUGGCGAGGGACUACGACAUACAAGACCGCAUCAUUCACCUAGCCAUGAAGCGCGGCGAAGGUGAGGCGCACCAAAAAGCUCAGCGACUCGCCCGCCUGACGCUGCUCGAGUACUCACGUCUCUUCGUGGAUGAUCGCGAGUUGCUUCGGCUGUCGGCGCUGGUCUCCUCCUUCGAGCUCCGGACACACAAGAGUUUGAUGCGAUGCCUCAACGUGCAGAAUCGACGCGUGCGCUUCCGUGACGUGGAGAAGAGCGACAUAAUUCCCAUCAGCCCCAAGGAGUGCGCCGGCUUCACAAGCUCCUCUGGUGACCGGCCUGUGAAGCCGCUGCAGCUGAGCUCGGCUCCCGAGGUGUGGCCGUGCCGCGUUUGCACCUAUCUCAACGCCCCGUCCGCCACGCGCUGCGCCGCCUGCGAGACGCUGCACACCACAGACACAGUGACUCACCGCUCCUCGCCGCAUACAACACCAAAGAUGUCACCUGCCUACUCCACGCCAUCGGCAGCGGCGAAUGGCACCAACGCAGGAGGGCGCUCGGCCGUUGUGCCGCCGCUGCCGAUGGCCGCGGAGAGCGAGAUAGAGACCGGCGACUCCCAGACGUCGAGCGGUGCCAACAUGGAGGACAUGGAUGCGACGUCUCCCAUCAGCGACCGGGACGAUACUUCCGGGGCGCACGUCCACCCAUGCCAUGUCCCGCCGACAGCCGUGUACGCAGACCCGGCGCUCCUGCCCCACAUCACCACCAGCACCGCGGUGUCGACGUCCACGUCAGACACAUCAGCACACAUAGCACCAUCGAUGGCUAGUGAGCCCGGCGAUGGGGCUGGCGAGGUGUACUAUGGCCGUAUUGAAGGCUCCACAGCACACGGCGUGGCACCACACGAGCUGGAAAAGUAG